CGGCACGGGGCGGCGCAAGUGGCGAGGAAAACUGGCCUUUCCGCUGCGCUUUCCCACCACCGCUGCUGCCACCGCCAACCCCCCACUAUUUACGCCCGCCUCGGCCCCGGCACGGCCUCCCCCGCCCCGAGAGCGACCGGCACUAGUGCUGAGUAGCCGCGCGCCGCGCUGGGCAGCCGCGCGUGCGAGCGAAUAAACAACACGCCGCGACGAGAAGAGAGCAGUGGGGGCGCCUCGGAGGCCGAGGGAGGCGAGGAAAGCGGCGGGUGCCGGGCCGCCCGCGCCGGUGCCGAGGCCCUCACAUCACCCGCCCCCUUCCGUCUGUCCCCCGCUUGCCGCCACCGCCGCCGCACGCUCGCGAUCCUUCCGUUUUCGCUUCCUCUCCCCGCACCCCUUUUUAACAACCCCGCGUCGUCCUCCCUUCCCUCGCCGCUGCGUUCCGUGCCUGUACUCGCGGGUUCUCCUCGGCCCUGCCCCCCAAUCGCUGCGCCUGGGCGCCGCUUUCGCCGCCGGAUCUGGGCGCCGGACGGUACCCCUGACGAAUCGAUGGCGCGAGCUGCGCUCCGAUUGGGCGCCCGCUCCCGCGCGCUCGCGCUCCUCGUCCUCGUGUCAGUGGCUCUGCUUCCACCUGUCAGUUCCGACGAUGGGUACAAACACUGCGAGGGUGUCGUCAGAGGCUGGGCGGAUUCCUCCACUGGGCGCGAGAAGGACGGGGACAAACUGAGCCUCAAGGAUUUGCUCUUCUUCCUCCACAUUCCUAGGACUGGAGGCCGCACCUACUUUCACUGCUUCCUCAAAAAGCUCUAUACAAAUGCGCAGGAAUGCCCGCGUUCUUAUGACAAACUACGGUUCGACCCAAGCCAUCCUGAUUGCAAGCUUGUUGUUAGUCAUGAUGACUACAGCUUGACGUCCAAGCUGCCAAGGGAGAGAACUUCUGUUGUAACAAUACUAAGGAACCCAGUUGAUCGUGUAUUUAGCACAUAUGAGUUCUCAGUUGAAGUUGCAGCUAGAUUCCUUGUGCACCCAAACUUAACUUCUGCAAAGUUAAUGACUACCCGUGUGUUAACAAAGUCUCGUGCUGUCAGUACUUUGGACAUCUGGCCUUGGAAGUACUUGGUUCCAUGGAUGAGGGAAGAUCUGUUUGCCAGGAGAGAUGCCAGGGGUGGUGACAAAGUUCAUAGUAGUAAGAAGGUUAAUGCAUAUGAUGUGGAGGAUAUGGUUAUGCCAUUACAUCAGUACAUCAAUGAUCCAGUUGCCCAUGAAAUCAUUCAUAAUGGGGCUACCUUUCAGAUUACUGGGUUAACGAACAAUUCAUACUUUGAUGGAGCACCUGAGGUUCGGCAUUGUGUCAGAAAGCAUCCAGAUCUUGGUCGUAUUGUGCUUGAAGUUGCUAAGGUAUAUACCAAAGAUAAUAGGCUGGACCAGAUGCUAUAUGUAGGACUUACGGAGGACCAUGAAGAAUCAGCGAGGUUGUUUGCUCAUAUGGUAGGAGCACAGGUGCUUUCACAAUCUGGGACAUUGAAUUUAGAUCUCAAGGAAGAUGUGCCCAGUGAGACUGACUCUCACUCAUCCAUGGUGGAGCCCGAGGAUGAAGAAACAAAUGAUCAUCUGAAUAGCACGCAUGGUUGGCAAAAUAAUGAAGCCCUGAACUCUACCAACGACGAACAUGGAAAAGGAAAUAUGACUGUUGGUAAACUGAUGGAAGCUUAUGAAACUUGCAUCGCCAAACUGCGGAAGUCUCAAUCUGGCCGCCGUAAAAUAUCCCUAAAGAAAGUUCAGGAAGCAAACUUUUCAAAAGAGGCACGGAAGCUGGUACCAGAGGCAAUUUUGAAACAAAUUAUCUCAUUGAACAGCCUUGACAUGGAACUUUAUGAUCAUGCUAAGAAAAUUUUUACCCAGGAACAUCUGAUGCUAAAAGCUCAGCAAUCCAUGGUGGGGCAGCACAGACAGUUGGCAGAACAAAAGGAGGGCUGGAUCAGCAUAAUCUUCAGCGAUGAGAUUUGCUCCCCUUGGAUGGUGGUCUUGCUUGGUAUAGGGAUCACCAUGAUCAUAGUUUUGGUCUCAUUUGCUGUAACGACGAGAAAAAGAACGUCUAAGCUUAAGGUUUAACCAGAAUUCAUUUAGGCUAGAUUUUGAUGUACAGUCUGAUGAUGCCCCCAAACAUUACGCUUAGCAUUCUUUGGGGCAGAGCUGUUAGUGCACAGAAUCAUGUAUAUUCGUGCGGUCGUACUGGGUGCCAGACAAUUUGAGAUGCCGCGUUGGUAGUGUGUUCACAAGUAUAGAUAAAUUGUGAAGUACAGUAGUAUAAGAUUCACUCUGAA